AUGCCUUGGAGAACUCAUGCAGGAAAGAAAUCCCAUGAAUGCUGUGAUUGUAAGAGAGCCUUUCCCAGUAAGUUAAAGCUAAUCACUCAUCAGGAAACUCACACAGGAGAUAAACCAUAUGGAUGCAAUCAACGUCAGAAAGUCUUCAUUACAAAGUCAGUGCUCACCUAUCAUCAGAAGACCCGUCACAGAGAAGGGAAAUCCUAUGGAUGCAGCAAAUGUGGAAAAACUUUCCCUUGGAAGUCAAAACAACUCACUUUACAUCAGAGGACUCAUUCAGGAGAGAGACCUUUCCGAUGCAGAGUAUGUGAUAAAGCCUUCAUGGUUAGGACACAUCUCACUGUACAUCAGAGAACUCACACAGGAGAGAAACCAUAUGAAUGCUCAGAUUGUGAGAAAGCCUUCUCAAAAAAGGCUCAGCUCCUGAUUCAUCAGCGUAUUCACACAGGAGAGAGACCAUUCGGAUGUAGUCAAUGUCAGAAAUCCUUCAUUACAAAGUCAGCACUAAUCUAUCAUCAGAAAACCCGUCACAGAGAAGGGAAAUCCUAUGGAUGCAACAAAUGUGGGAAAGCUUUUCCUUGGAGGUCAAAACUCAUUUUACAUCAGAGGACUCAUUCAGGAGAGAGACCUUUCAGAUGCAGAGUAUGUGAUAAAGCCUUCAUGGUUAGGACACAUCUCACUGUACAUCAGAGAACUCACACAGGAGAGAAACCAUAUGAAUGCUCAGAUUGUGAGAAAGCCUUCUCAAAAAAGGCUCAGCUCCUGAUUCAUCAGCGAAUUCACACAGGAGAGAGACCAUAUGGAUGCAGUGAAUGUCCACAAGCCUUCAUCCAGAAGUCAGAUCUCAGUAAUCAUAAGAAAACUCAUCAUGCAGUAGGGAAAUCCCAUGAAUGCAGUGAAUGUGGGAAGGUUUUGUCCUCUAAGUCAACUCUCAUUAUACAUCGGAGAAGCCAUACAGGUGAGAAACCCUUCAAAUGCAGUGCAUGUGAUAAAGCCUUCACAUCAAAGGCACAUCUCAUUGUACAUGAGAGAAUUCAUACAGGAGAGAGACCGUAUGAAUGCUUAAAUUGCGAGAAAGCCUUCUCCACUAAGGCACAUCUCAUGAUUCAUCAGCGAAUUCACACAGGAGAGAGGCCUUAUGGAUGUAAUGAAUGUCAACAAGCUUUCAUCCAGAAGUCAGGUCUCACUAACCAUCUACAAAAUUGUCAUGCUGGAGUAAAAUCAUAUGGAUGCAGUGAAUGUGGGAAGGUUCUGUCCUGUAAGUCAACUCUCAUUAUACAUCAGAGAACCCAUACAGGUGAGAAACCAUUCAAAUGUAGUGUAUGUGACAAAGCUUUCGCAGCUAAAUCCUAUCUUACUGUACAUCAGAGAAUUCAUACAGGAGAGAGACCAUAUGAAUGCUGCAAUUGUAAGAAAGCGUUUGCUACUUUGUCAACUCUCAUUGGUCACCGGAGAACUCACAAAGGAGAGAGACCCUAUGGGUGCAAUGAAUGUCAGAAAUCCUUCUUUCGGAAAUCAGCUCUUGCUAAUCAUCAGCAAACUCAGCAUAGAGGAAAAUCCUCUACACAAUGACUGUGGGAAUGUGAGAAAUCUCUUUUGAUUAAUCUUAUCUACUCAGAGAACUCAUACAGAAUAGAAAUGCCUAUGAAGGCUCUGAUUAUAUAGACCCUUUUGGAACUCUUGUAGUAAAGAAACCUUAUAUAUGGAAUGAAAGUUGUACAUCUUCCAUCUGAAGACAUCUCCUCAUUAUACCUUAGGGAAUCUCACCAAAAAAGAAACAUUAUAAAGGCAGCAAUUGUCAAAAGACUUUAUUUGAAAGUCACAGCCUAUGCAUUUAGGAGGCAAAAACCUAUGGAUGCAGGGAAAGUGGGAAAUUAUUCUUUUUCAAGUCAUAUUUGUUAAACAUUAUGGUAUUCAUUCAGGAGUUGAAUUCAUUCAUACAGUUGCAGUGAAUGCAGCCAAGCUAAGAAAAAUUACAUCUCAUUGUAUAUAAAAAUAGAAAUUUCAGGAAUGUUGUGAUAAUGACAGUAUUCCCUAGAAACUCAAAACUCUUUGAACAUCUUGUACAGGAGAGGGAUCCUGUAGGUGCAGUGAAUGUGGUAGUCUUAAUGCAUAUCUUCCGAUAAUGCAUCUCUUCCUUACAUCAACAAACCCAGAUAGGAGGAAAGCCUUGUUAAUGUAGUACAUCCUUCAUAUAGAUGUCAAAG